GGACGAGAGAGAGGGUGAAAAACUAAACACGUGGUGGUAAUAAAAGCGAAAAGGCAGAGGUGGAAUUAGCAGAAACUGGGAGUAUCUCCCGAGUGUGGGCAUUUUUUGAGGCUCUGUCAAACACAGGUCCCUCGCUUCUUCUCUCAGCAGGACUCCAGUCCAGUCUCAGCACUUUGUGGACAACCCUUGUGCUUUAAAGUGUUCGCCUGAGCCCCAGUUGACAAAGUCGUGAUGAAGGGUGCUCCACAAGGCCUCCUCCUUUGCCCAGUACUUCUCCUCUGCAGCCUGUUGACCCUCGGCAAUGCCAGGGCUGCCUCAGGGCAGGCACCAGAGCAGAAGGAAGUCAUGAUCCGCUUGGCAGGAUUGAAGCGGACGCACCAUGAAGGUCGUGUGGAGGUUUUCUACAAUGGCCAGUGGGGCACGGUGUGUGACGAUGACUUCACCCUCAACGCUGCCACAGUGAUCUGCCAAGAGCUGGGCUAUGAGGGAGCACUGACCUGGGCUCACAGUGCAAAGUAUGGACAAGGCAAAGGUCCCAUCUGGUUGGACAAUGUGAAAUGCAAAGGUGACGAAGGGUCCAUUGCUGCGUGUGAGUCUAACGGCUGGGGUGUUAAUGAUUGCAAGCACAGUGAGGACGUUGGGGUUGUCUGUUCAGAGAAGCGACUGCCUGGAUUGGAACACAAAGAGACUUUUGCUGAGCUUAAGGUAGGCUUGCUUCAGAUCUUCCUGCUGCUGUCUGCCUCUUAUCCCAGGCAGUUAUGUGUCCCUUCCUGUUUCUGGAGCUGGUCAACUGAGACCGAAUGUGGUGAACGCGGCAAUAUGAGAUUCCCAGGAAUCUGGUGGCAGAACUUUGCUGAUUAUUGUCUGCUGGUGGCCAUGUGGGGGGUUAAUAUCCCAAUGGGACUGACUUGCUGUUAA